GUAUUAUAAUUUUACACCAAUUCUUGAGGCUUCUCCUCUGUCCUGUGCUCUUCACUGGCUAAAAUUUACUCCAAAAAAAAUCCAGGGCUCAAUAUUUAUCUAAAAAAUGGCUUUAUUGAUGAGAAAUGUUUGCAAAGUAUUGUCAAAGACAGCCCAAAAUGGUGCAGUCCGGAGUUUCAGUGCCAGCAAAGUGCACCACCAGGAAUCACUGGUUGAACAAGAAGGUAAAACCAAGUGUACAUUGAUACCCGGUGAUGGUGUUGGUCCUGAAUUAGUAUUAUCAGUUCAGCAAGUAUUUAAAGCUGCCAAUGUUCCAGUUGAAUUUGAGCCUUACUUUUUGUCAGAAGUAAAUCCUACUUUAAGUGCUCCUCUUGAACAAGUUUCAAACAGUAUUGCGAGGAAUAGAGUAUGUUUGAAGGGAAUCCUAGCAACACCAGACCAUUCGCAUACUGGUGAACUGCAAACCCUGAACAUGAAGCUGAGAAACAAGCUAGACUUGUACUCAAACGUAGUUCACGUAAAAUCGCUGCCAGGAGUAAACUCCCGUCACAAGAACGUCGACUGUGUGAUAAUCCGAGAGCAGUCUGAGGGAGAGUACUCAGCUUUGGAGCACGAGUGCGUAAAAGGCGUCGUCGAGUGCUUGAAAAUAGUAACAGCUACCAAGUCCCAGAGAAUUGCCAAGUUCGCGUUUGAUUACGCUGUAAAAAAUAACCGCAAGAAGGUUACUUGUGUCCACAAAGCCAAUAUCAUGAAACUUGGUGAUGGAUUGUUUUUGAAAUCUUGUCAGGAAAUCGCCAAGUUAUACCCCAAAAUUGAAUUCGAAACAAUGAUUGUUGAUAAUUGCACCAUGCAAAUGGUAUCAAACCCUCAUCAAUUUGAUGUUAUGGUAACUCCUAAUUUGUAUGGUAAUAUUGUUGAUAAUAUUGCAUCUGGAUUAGUUGGAGGUGCUGGAGUUGUUGCUGGUGCAAGUUAUAGUGCUGAAUGCGUCGUUUUUGAACCAGGUGCGAGACACACAUACUCCGAAGCAGUUGGUAAAAACGUCGCCAAUCCAACAGCCCUGAUUUUAUGCGGUGUCAAAUUAUUAAACCACAUCAACUUGAAGCGUUACGCAGUGCAAAUCCGCGAGGCUCUUAACCGCGUGUUAAACGAGGGUAAAGUACGCACGAAGGACUUGGGAGGACAAAAUUCAACCACGGACUUCACUCAAGCUGUCAUCAGCGCUCUUCGUUAAAUUGAAGUCACUAGUUACUUGUUGUUAAUAAUUAUAAUUAUAAAAUAUUUAUUUGACCGGAUAAAAGCUUGUGGAAAUUCAAGCGUAGGAGGCAAUAGACUCUUGCAAGCAUAAUUAACUAAAAUAAAAUAGAUUUAUUGACAAAUUUAAAAUAGGUUAUCAGAAAAUUUAUUUAUGUGUCUCGACUUACCAUUUUGUGUGAUGUGUUAUGAGAAAUGUAAUUUUAUCAUUAAGUAAUAAAUUCGGUGAAAAAAAAUUAAAAAAA